GGGUGGUGCUGGGGGCACUGGGUGGUGCUGGGGGCACUGGGUGUCCACGUGGCUGUGGGGUGGCACUGGGGUGCUCUGAAGGCCAGGCUGGUGCGUGGGGUGCUCUGAGGUCUGUGGGGUGCCCUUGGGGCUAUGCCGUGGAAGAGGACGGUGUUGGGUGGAUUAGAGAGUUGGCUCUGGGAUUCCAGUCCCAGUGAGGGGCUGGGACAUGGGAUGGGAGGGGCUGCAGCACCAGGGCUGGGCUGCUGGACUGGGAGUGAGAAGUGUCCUAGGAGAAAGAAGCUGGAGUAAGUGGGGUGGGAGCUGCGUGUGUGAACUCUGCCGUGGAGCUGGAGUGAGGGGCUGGGGCACAGAGGUCUGUGGAAGGGAUGUAGGGAUUGGAAUAAAAGGUGGAAAAUGCAGUGAUGGGGUGGGAGAUGGUGUAUGGGACAUCAGAUCUUCUGGGAUGUGUUGUGAGGAACAGAUAGGCAGCUUUGUUGCAGGAAGAAAGGAAAAGGUGAGUGAAGCAAUGUAUGAGGUCUGCUGGGAAGAAUUGAGUUGAUACAUGAGGGGAUGGAUGUAGUGGAUGUAGGGGAUGGAUAUGAGGAGCUGGGACUUGAGUCAUUGGGAGAAAGGGACAUGGGAGUGGGAUUGUGGUAUGGGGAGGCAUUGGGAGCCAGAAUUUGGGGUGGACUUUCAGCAUGGGUGGUGCAAGUGAGGGAAACUGUAGGGCUCCAGAGCUGGGAAAGCAGUGUAGGUAGUUCAGGAGAGCAGGAAUCCAGGGAAGCUGAGCAUAUAGUGUUGAACUGGUAUGUGGGAUAGCUGUACAAGAGGAGUUUGUGGGACGCUAAGAGUGUGGGAGGGGAUCUUGUAUAUCGGGAUUGUGGGGAAAAGCAGUAUCUGAGAAGGCAGGGGCAGUGUUUUUAUUUGGAAGUAUUCCUGCUAGGUAGAGGAGAGGCAUUUUGUCUGUGUGUGAGGCAGUCUGUGCCCUGGCUGGCUGCUGAGGGGGAUGAGAAAGGCUAAAUCUAUAGAAACACUGCAAGUUCAUGAGGUCAAGGGUUGGAUGAUGAGAAACAACUGAACACUGAAGACCCCAAAUGCUCAGGGAAAUGAUGAGACGGGUAGAUGCAGGAAGGCAACAAGGCUCCACUUCUAAGAUGAGCGAGAGCACCCUGGUUUUCUGUGUAGUCCAACUUUCUGCUUGUGAGGUCUCAGUGUAGGUGAUGGAAUGAUGGGACCAGAAGGGCCUCUGCUGAUGGAGCAUUUGGGAUUUGGAGGGUGGAUGUUGCUCGCAGAGGGGAGACAAAGUGUGAGGACGCAGAUGGGAGGAAUCUGAUGUGACAGUCAACUGUGGGUUGCUAUUUGGGUAUAAAAAAUUAGGGUGGGAUGAUUACAUGAUUAGUGGCUUAAUAGUAAACUACAUGAGAAAUCAGAGAACUGUCAUGCAGCAAAGAAAGAAAGAAAGUAUGAAAGAAGUGUUAGUAGGUUGUAGAACAGUUCAAAGACCACCAGUGUGAAAGGGAAGAUGCUUUUACUCUCCAGAUGCCGAACCUAACUUGGACUCUGAAACUGGUCUGGAAAUGACCAUGAACCUCACUUUCUGGGAGAGGAACAUCAAGUCUUGUAGCUCUUCCCUGGUAAAGUAACACCACUUUGGUCCAGGCAGAGAAGAGAGGGUUGUGCCACGUCAAGUUUGGCUCAUAAAGCCUCCCUGUUGGUGAUUUGUUGUUCUUCUGUCAAAACACAGUUUGAGGAAGUGGGGGAGACAGUUAUUCCAGUUUUUAGGGGUUCCAGUAACAUUUUUUUCCUUGAAAGUGUUUUGUCCUUGAUUUCUUUGUGAAAAGCCCACACAGACAUAAGCGUCCUUAAAUGCAUCAAGCUUUAAAAGCAUGAGGAAAAAAAUUUGAUGUAGAUUUUUUUUUCCUCUGUUUUGUUGGGUUAUUUGGUCAGUGAUUGCUCAAAAUAUUUCAAAAACAAAUGUUGAAAAGCUAGGCAAGGCAUUACAUUAAAUAAAAGAGUAUGGAAUGAAAGAAUUAACAUACCUAAACAGCUUUAUUCCCACUUCUUUUUGUUUACCUCUCUGCUGCUUUAUAUGAGGUCUUGUCAUGCCCGAUUUCUGCCUGCAGUGGGGUGUUACAGUUGCUGGACGGGUGAAGUUGUGUGUUCAUCCUGUGGCAGUGGAGCUGUGCUCACAGAAGUGCACAUGCCUGCAUCCCAUAGCAGAGGGAUCUGCUCUCUCCCCUGAAUUACAAGGGCUGAUUUGGUGAGGUUUUAUAGCCAUUUUGGACAAGCUGGCAUGAUGGCUCUGUUGUGCGGUGUGGAAUUUUUUUUUUCUUUUAAUAGUGAUCUCCAAAGAGAUUAUUUUUAAUGAAUGUGUCCCUUUUUUUCUUACUCAGAGCAUAAAAAUGGCUCAAGGGCUCAUAUUCUUUCCCUGCCUCCCUUGCUGGCCUCUCCUCAAACAACAAAAGAAAGGCAUCUUUCUUUUUUUAACUUGAAGUUAGCAACGAUGUCAGUUUUGGGAUUUGGCAAUUUUCUCAGUGGGGAGAGUACUUUUUUGUUUUGUUGUUUGUUUGUUUGUUUUUUAAUUUUCUUUUUUUUUUUUUUUUUCAAAUCUGGGGGGUUUUGGGGUCAGGUUUUUAUUGUGGAGAAGGGUCUGGGGAUCUUGGGUCUCACUGCACUUGUGUGAACUCUUAACACCUUAAUUGAAGGGGUGGAGAUGCUGAAUCACUAACAAAGACCUCCUUUAUCCAAAAUGUUAAUCAAUCAUUGACGUUAAAUAAGUGUGAACAAAACCAAGCAAAAAAAAACCCCACCCUAAACAAGUUUUUGUGUAAGUUCCACUCCCAUUCAGCUGCUCAUCUUUGGUCAGGUUAACAUUCUUUUGGGGAUGUAUUUUGUGCAUGUGUACUUGAUUUUUGCAAUGUUUGGUAAAAGUUCUGUUGCUGACUUACCAGUGUAGUUUUCCCAAUACAGAUCAUUUAGCUCAGAGAUGCAUUAAAAUGUUUUGGGGGAAAUUGUGAUCUCCUUUGGUGUGAGGGAGUAGCUGGACUAUGACAGUACGGUUGUGACCAUCUUUUUGUAUUUGUUUUGGGGAGGUGUUUUGCUUUUCUCUCUUGUGAUCAGUUAAUUUGUUUAUUGGUCAACACAGUCUUCUGAGCUAGGCUGGACCUGAAUUUUAAUGUGAAAGAAAAUAAAUAGUUUCUGUUCAUGCAACCAGAAACUUUGUAGAUCUCUUCUGUAUAUUAUGAAUACAAAGAGUGUGGACUCUCUUCUUGCUUCCCUGUGUUUCCCCCUUGCUUCUCCCCCCAUAUUGCAUUUCAUCUGUGCAGUUCAUGGCUUGGAUUCAUUGUAUUCGGUUAGGGUCAGUCCACAGCCAGAGAAACUACAUUUGUUACAAAAUAUCCAAAUAUAGAAACUAAGGCAACUACAAGCCACAAGGCCAAAAUGUUCAUAUACAACUGCUUUUCUGGGCAGUAUAAUGUUUGAGGUGGAUAGGAAUGGAGUACCUUUGAUCCAUAUUUCCUAGCUAUUCAGGCUUGUUGCUCCGUAACAUGUCUCCCCAUACUUAUUUUUACAUAUUUCUCUCUAGAUUUUUUUUCCUCUGAGUUCCUGACGUGCUCUGUUGACUCUCUUGCCUUACAAACUGUGCCCAUGGCUUAGGAAUUUUGUUAGUCUUUUAUAAAUUCAAUAGGAAAAGAAAUCAAAACCCAACCAACAACAACUUUAUCCUGUGGAGCAAUUUACACUCAAGUGAGUAUUCAAACUAAUUUCUGUCUUACAUGUGACCUGGGCUGCCUCACAGGGCUUCAUCUCCUCUGCUUUCCGGAAGUUUACCAGAAUUUCUUCAGAGCAAUGCAGGCAGCCUUCAUAAAAUCCUUCUAACUAGCUCGCGUGGCCUUGGACUUGACAGAAAUCCCUGCGCCUCGCUAAGUUCUGUGCUCUGUUUACACAGAUAUGAAGUCCUUUAACCCAGCAAGUUUUGCUGUGGGCUUGGAUUUCCUGCUUGCAAGCGCUGCUGGAGUCCCUCUAGUCUUCCUGCUGGCAAAGUCAAGGUGUUAACUCAGGUUUUCAGAGCAAUUUGUGAAUGGAAGGAGAUUUUAUUGCUGAGUUUCUGUCCAAGCACUGCUCUGCCUAUUCGAUUUAAAUUAGCUUUCCCCCACAUACUUGUCUGUUAGGGGGUUUUUGUUGUGUUUUAGGAGUUUAAUAAUUUUGGAGCUUGAUCUCCUUUGUGAUAAGGACUGUACAAGUCCAGAAGAACAGGAACCUUGUUCAUGAUUAGGAAUUCCUGAUAAUGUCAAAGAACUUGAACAAAAAUAAUCCUAUCUGUUGGGAAACUUCUAAGGGUUGCCUUUAAGACCACUCAGGCUCACAAACACUAGUUAGCAAAACUAGGUGAUAUUUGAAUGUGCUGAAUCCAAGUGAACCGUUCCAGUGCUGACUUUUAAUUUAUAUUUUUGAAAAAGCAGGGCUGUACUUUGUGGCUGCACCCUUACCUGUAGGGCCUAACACUAGCUAGGGUUGGCUUGUGAGGAGUGCUUGCCCGUUUUGACCAGCACCUUGCUGGUGCUGCUGCUGGAGCAGCUGGAUGCUGAAAGGAUCCAGGAGUUGAUCUGGAUUAUAAGUGGCCUGGUAAAAAAAAAAAAGAUUAUACUUAGCCUGCAUCAGUUUGCCAAACUGGUUCACUGUUAGGCCACGUAAGUGGUUGUUUGGGCACAUCAGACAGAGUGGUGCAGGGGUGGAAGUAAAUAUUGGUAGCAGCAGUUCUUUAAGCUGGCAUUGCUGCCAAAAGGCGUGCUCAUCUAACUAUACCCCAAGAGUCUGCUAAACUUGCUAAAUGUUUUUUUACACCUGUUUGUUACAGCUUCCCUUGCCUGAGAACAGUUGCCUUCAGCUUACCUUGUUCUUUUUGCCAGAAAUCAUCUCUGAACACAGAGGCAAGGUAUCAAAAGAGAAACCUCUCUUUAAGGAGCUUUAAGCAGGGCAAAAAGAAGGCUAUGGGGGUUUAGCUAUGGAAAAGUUUCUGCUGCGUCAAGAGUGCCUGAUGAUACAGAACAUGCACUGUAAAUUGACUAUAGACUAUUUAGUGUGGUUGCAAUUAAGCAGUGAAAUUCAUGCUGUGAGAAUCAUCAGGAGCAAGAAUUCAACAAGAGUUAAAAAGCAUCAGAUGUCUGUAGGAAUAUGAAGAAUAUUCAAUUAUCGUAAUCAGUGACAGUAGAAAUUUUGGAAGAGGUAUUAAGCCUGUGGUCUAAACCUUGUUUUUUAUUCUACUCUAACAGAUGUGCUGCUAUAUUGGGAAAGAGAGGGAGGGAAUAGCUUGUUGUGCCUGGGUUUGCUGCAGGGUUCUCACACACUUCUCUGGAAACUUGAUUGAGACCAGUGUUUGAGAUGUGACAUUCGACUGCACAGGCUUCUGGUUGGAUCGUGGUGAACCAUCCUGAAAUCUUCUGAUCUGAGCUACCAAGGUGUGACUAUGAGAGGUGAACUGCUGCUAUCCAGCUUUUUACAUUUGUUUUACUCCUCCUGGGGUUGUUCUUAUCCACUCUUUGUCAGGGUUGGAUCUGAGCACUCUGGUUUUGAUCUGCUUUGGCAACACUCAUUUGACUUUAUUUUAAAGACUACUAUGAAAUUUUUACUAUAUCUGAAGAAUGAAUGUUACCUAUUUAGAACAGAUAGAUAUGCACCAUGAUUCCUUUCUUUUCAGACAGACUUAAAAGGAGAGGUGAGAUUUUUCCUUGUUUAGCCUCUGAGAAGGAGCUUGUGGAAUAGGGAAGGGAGAUGAACAGUGGACUGUAAGGUGGUUGGCCCAUUUUUUAAAGCCUAGGUAGAAUCAAUGAAAUCCUUUUGAAUGCAGUGUCCUCCGAGAGCUCGCUGAAAAUUGGGUGCUGUAGUCUUGAAAACAGUGCUGGUUUUAAGUGCUCCUUAGUGGUGCAGUCUAUGACAAAAAGAGGGCACGAUACACACAAUAAUUUAGCUGCCUAUGGAAUUGAGGGAGAGUUAAUGUUUUCUGUAUUGAGUUCUGAGCAGUUGUUGUUCUGGCACAGGUAGCCGCGCAGCUGCCUGUCCAGCUCCUAGCAUUUGCAGUUACUGUGAGCUGGUUGUCAUUUUCUCUUGUUCUCGUGGCUGUUGGGCCUCUUAAGAAAGCAGUGCCACUGUGGUUUUGCUCCUUAGCUUUCCGGUGGGGCUGUCUGCAUAGCGGCAGGGCAAGGGAGCUUUAAAUCACUGACCCAUCUUGUCACCGGAUGGUCCCCGUGUGCCUGUUGUUGUCCUCUGUGCCUUCUGAACAAAGGGUGCAGAUAUCUGUUUUACCUUAUCAGGGGGCAGUUGGGGCCCGUGGGCUCUUUUAAAACCAGGUUAGGUUUGAUUUGGUGACGAACUUGAGAACAGAGCUUGUGAUUUAUCUACUCCACUGUGUUACUUACGCUCUACAAAUUGCUUUAGGUCUGUGAGUCUGCUGGUGUAUGUUGUGUCAAGCUAUCUUUGCCACCUUUGCAGUGUGUAUAGAGUUGUGAAGACCUGAACAAAAACUCAGGUUUAGAGGUUCACUGAUAAAAACACUGGGUAAGAGCAGCACCAGACCGUUUUUCAGGUGGCUCAGAGCUCUGCUUUCUGCAUUUUGCUAAACUGACUUCUUCAGGUGUCUUGAUAUCGCUGUUCCACUGCCUGUGAAAUGGCAGUGUUUUAUCUAUGUACCAAUCUGGAUUUGUUUGAGAGUUGAUUAGAAAUGUAUUUGCAGUGUAAUAUAAAACCAAGCUGUAGCCUGUCGAGGUGAGCAGCCACAGCUUCAACAGUGAGAGCUGUUACAGUGGAGAGUUUAGGCCGUCCUGUGUGUGGAGAAACUCUUCUCAGAACUUCUUCUAGGGGAUUGGGAGUUUUCCACCACAUUUUAUAUGUAUUUGUGAGAAAGGAGUAAAGAACUUCAGGCCAAAAUGACUUGACAGCUUGUUAGCAAGAAAACACUUUCUUCUGUCUCUUAAAAAAAAUAAAUAUACAUAUGUGUAUAUAUAUAUAUAUAUAAAUUUUAACCUUCUUGUGGUUGGGGAUAGAAGGUUGAAACUGUCAGGCAAAUAGCCACCAUCCAGCAGCAAUGCUUCUGAAUGCUCUGGUGGAAGCCAGCUUUGAUUUGACAGUUAUGAGUCUUUGAAAGUAGCGCUCUGUUUAUACAGCACAGUAAAUACUUUGAAGUGCGUUAGGCUUUGCUGUACAUGCGUGGCUAACUGGAAGAAUAUUAAAUGCCUACAUCUCAUGUUGAGUGAGGGAGGAUCCCGCAGCAAUUGGAAUUGCAUGCUCCUCGUACUUUUAUAAGAUCAUGUCAAAGCAGUAGAUUUGCUAAUGGACCUGAUUAUACAAUUGCUUAAUUUCUUGUCAAAAUAACAUUUUUUACACGCGGUGUUCUGAGAUCUUUGAGGUGACCUCAUGUUAUUUAUCAAAUGUCAGUUUUUCAUCCCAGCAGCUUUGAUAUAAUCAUGUAGCAUCGUGGAGCACUGUGUACAUGCAGUCUUUGCUUGCUGGAGUUCUUUGAAGUGCCUUACUCCUCAGAAGAGUCAUUGUUGUAUGGAAGAUCCUACAUCUAAGGACGAGGAAAGCAGUAUGGAAGCGCUGCACUGUGUGGCUAAAGGUCGUGCUACAUCUCAUGUGCCUAAUGUGGGUCUAAAAGCAAAGAAGUGAGGGGUUCAUUGCACCCCCUGACACUCACCUUACCCAGCAGUAAGUGCAGGGCAUAGAGUAACCCUCCAGCUCUGUCCCUGUGGGAAUGGCAGCUUUGUGGCGCUGAGCUCCCAAGGUACUCAAGAGCAGCAGGAGGAGAAGAGCAGAGGGAUGGCUGGUGGUGACAGUCCUGAAGGAAAACUGGCCCAACAGGCAGUGCUGGAAGGUAGUGAUGCUCAGGGGAGCCUUGAAAAACUGCUCAUUUGGGAUGAGAGAGACCAAAUGCCUGUGAAGGUGAAGGUUAAAAUGGAGGAAGGUGUGUGGGUUGCCCCCAGCGACUCUGAGGGGCAUCGUGUGUCAUGUCCCCUUGCAGCAUAGCAGGGAGUGACUGCUCGCUGUAGCACUGGGUUUUCCUCAGAGCAGCUCUGUCCUGUACUGACCCAUCCCAGGCUCACUUAGCUCAUGAAAACUGACAAGAUUGCAGCCCAAGGAGCUAUGCCUGAGGAUUGCUUCUUAUCUUUCAUUCUGGAAGCCUGUUGAAGGGAUGCUGAAAGGAAAGGGAAAAGCCCUUUUUUUUUCCCCAGGCUGAACUGAUAGGUGACUUGUUUCUCCCAAGCCUUCUGCUUAAGCAGUAUAGCGUUACUACUUGUUGAAGAACAAACUGGUGUCUCCUCAGUCCUGUCUUCCCAUCCAUUAUUUCAGCAUAUUUCCCCCCACUCCCUUCCCACAGAUUAUUUUCUAGAUAAUGGGCUGCUGGCAAGCUUGAUACAGGUGUCUUUUACCUAUGGCUGUUCAUGCAGAUGUCCCUAUUUAAAUUUUUGUAAAAAGAAACCCAGAGAAGUAAGGGAGAAAAGAAUGCCUCUGCCUCUGAACACGUUGCCUGACUCCUGAAAAGUAGAUGAAAUUUUGACAGAAGCCAAAGCAGUGAAAGCAGCCUGUGGAAAACUCUUUAUCAUUGUCCACUGAACAUGCAAUGCUGACUGAUGCUGGGGCUGUUAACUGCUAACACGAUGUGGAAAGCCUGUCGUAUAUUAGGGAAAUACUGUUAAAACAUUUCUUGAAAAAUCCCUUAUUGCUCGAUCUGUUGAUCUUUACCGGUGUUAACAGCAGUAGGAAUUGCAGGGCAGACGGGCUGCUGCUCAGGCAAGUGACACCCCACGUAAGGUGCUUAAAACUCCAGCUGUAAAGUACAUAGACUGCUCCCGGCAUUGCUAACAGAGGUGGAGCUGAACUGGUGCUGGCAGCUGUGCAGGAGUGCUGAGCUGAGGUCAGUGUGACGUUGUGACACGCUGCGGGGUGUGCAACGGCGUCCCCAACGCCCUGGCAGCAGCCUGGCUGACCUGCAAAUGCCACUGCUGCUGGAGAGGCUGGGAUGGCAUGAACACCAAGGGGAAGCGCUCUUAACAUUCCUAUACCCGAGCAGAUAGUUGUACCUUAGGUUUUGAGUUUGGUGUUUUUUUCUUUUUAAGGAUUUUUCUUUUUGGCAUUUUCCCCCACACUGAUUUCUGGAACUGUGUCAGAAUCUGCCAAGAGCUUGUUUGAGUCCCAGGUGGACCAAGUAGUUUGAGUGUUUUGUACAUAAUAGCAGCUGGGAAAUUGAAAGGCUCUUCGUGUCUGUCUCUGUACACCUUGGAUCUGCUCACCAGCAUCCGUAAGUGUCUGUCUCCUCCAUUACUUUGGGGAAGGAGUCGUACGGAGUCAGAAGCUGUCUAGGACAGUCAUUCAUCCCCCCUGGAUUAAUAAUGCACUGAGGUGUUGUUUGAUGCACUGAAAAAAGGUUUAAUGGACAUGUAGUUGUCUGUUUGACAGAAAGUGUCAGUGUUACUCACAGCUCUCAAAAGUGAUGCUUAUGAGAGUAGUGGGCAAUGUGUUUGUUGCAAAAGACUAUUUUAGGAUGAUUUUUUUAAAAGUACCUAAAAACACUAAUUACUUGCAUAGUAAUAUGCUUCGUGGCUACUGUUGGUUAUCCAUGUGCUUGUCAGCAGGAGGAAGGAAAUGAGUAGUUGCUAGAGAUACCAUUUUCUGAGAGAAGGAGAUGGUUACACGAGAAAUGUGAUAAAACACUUAAUUCCCUGAGCCUUUGGGUUUGUAUUGACUAUACAUUUUAAGGAUGGAGACCAAAAGGUUGAAUUUUCUGUGGCCGUUUCUGUUCUGGAUGGACUUCAGGAGAGAUUGAUUCUUUGGGAGAUGUACAUAUGUGUGGUGAUAGGAGUUGGGGGGGGAAUUAUGGGAGGAAGGGCAUCUGUACUGUGACUGGGCAGGCACAGGUAGGCUCAGCAGAGCUACGCUGUAUGACUACACAUACUGUAUUUGCACAGGGGUGAUUAAGUAUAUUCUUCCAGUUUCUGUGAGGCUUAUCCUGUGGUCCUAAAUUCUUACAUUAAGUUGAGCAAGUCAGAGGAACUCCUCUCCCAUGUAAUGGCAUAGAAUCUUGCACGCCCUUUCCAUGUCAAUGUGCUUGUAGGUCUUCAGGGUGCUAGUUUUAAGUGAGCUUGUCUUUGCUCAGCCCCUUUCUCUGUGCUUCAGGGCUGGAGGUAGCUGUAGGCAAUAACCUACUCAUUUAGAGUUUACCAGAGAGGUGUGUAGUCACCAUGUGUACAGGAGAAGGUGUUUUCUCUGUGGAGGUUGUGUAGUCCCCACAUUCAUGUAGCAAAAUAACUUUGGGUGACAAAUUCUUGAUUAUUCUGUUGCUUGAAAGUUAUUUCCAGUGCAAGACUCAGCAGAGAGGUAAUACUGUGCAGACUUUGGAAUAGCAGUGAUUUCUCCGAUGUGGAUAAGUGGAUUUUGUGAAACUGAAGACCUUGUGUAUGCUGUAACUUUUUAUUGCCAAGACAUAAACAUAGGAAAGUCCACACUGCUUCAGAAUAAGUUAGGACCAUCUAGAAAUUGAUGACUGGCUGCGAGUUGCUAUCUACUCAGCUUAGAUGGACAAGUUAUCUCUUGAUGUUGAGAAAAUAAUUGAUAAGUAAGGGGGAUUCGUGGCUUACUAGGGAGUGAUAAAACAUGGAAUUUUUCACAAAUCAUCAGCUGUUUAGGGUAGAAUAUAGUCCAUGUGCCAUAUGAGGUGACUCUGGUGCAAGUGGCUCCUGCCUUUCUGGUAGAAGGACGUGGAGCAAGUCAGCUGAAAGUCUGAUGUGUGAUAAUUUGUUUAGCUUGGUUAAGGGCUGAGAUCUGCAAACCCUGCAGUGGGAAGAGCCAGGGCAGUAGGUAGUCAGGCCAUCUACUGAUGGCAGAGCAGAGGUGAGUGGUGUUCAGGUGGCACGUGAAUUUAUGUGCACAUGUGACACUGUGUCUUUAGCCACAGCAGUUUUUUAGGUACCCCAUGUAUUUUCUGCUCUUGUUAAAGAAAAAGGACAGAGGAACCUGGCAGGAGAUGGAUGCAAGUGUAUUUCACUUGCCUGUGACAUCAGUCACUGCUGCCUCCUUUGUGCCAGUGAGCAUGUGGCCACCUGGCUGAAAGAAACAUGAAAGUUGUCCCUGAAAAUUAUUCCUAUCUUAUCUGGAGCCAGUUCUCAGCUGGGGCACAAGUGCUAGCAAUGGAAGGGAUAGAGUUGGGAAGGCUUAGGCUGGUGGAAGUUGCUUUCCUGGGUCCAACACGGCAGUCAGUGUCCAGGAGGUUAAAGUUGCAUUUUUGACAGACCUGUUUGAAUGCUGGUGGGUCCAGUCCUAGUUGUGUUACAAGCACAAGCUUUAUGCAUUCCUGGGAAAGGAUGAGGAGGACAGCGUUUGCUAAGAGGUAGAGGCAGAUUUAAAGAUGUAUUUAAUAGCCCUUGGUAGGGAGCCAUAUCUAGAAACUGGGGCCUGGUUCAAGGAUCAAAGAGUGUCCUCUGUCACUCCAUCCUCCAGUGCCAUAGGGAGAUGUGUAGGGUGUAGAAUACUCAUGUCAAUUUAUCUAUUUGCUUUUACAUGAUCUUAAAGAAGUCUGACAGCUCAAUAUAAGCGUUAAAUAACCUUUCCCGAGUCCUCUUGUUUCCCAGUUGCUCUCCUUAUCAAUGAGGUGUGUAAUCAAGUACUUCAUUAAACAGCAGCUUAUUAAAAAGUAACGUGCAGUUCAGCUGCAAGGGUGUAAAAUAAGCAAAUGCUUAACAAAUCUGGUAAGUGCAGCACGUGAUGAAAACCAGUGGUAGCUCUUGGGUGUAGUGGAGUCACCUUUUGCUGGUGCAGCUGUUCUCCCUCUUAUGUGGUUGAAUGAGGGUCGGAGAAAUAGGAUGUGCCCUUCCCAGUAAAAUUGUGCUGAAGGAGCAUAUGUUGGCUGAUUCAUUGCUUACCCCACCUCUCAGGUCACACGGGGAAUCCACUGGUGGAUGCUCAUGCAGAGGUUUGCUUCCUGGUGGCUAUCAGGAUGAGUGGUUGCUCAAAUACCUCCUGCUGCUGCUGGUUCUGGUCCCUCCUAAAGCUGCUGCUCUUCCUAGAGCAGCCUCUUACUCCACGCUCUCUCUUUCCUUGCCCGCUCCACUGUCACAGAUACAAUUCAGGGUGCAGGCUCAGCUUGCAUUCAGAGUUAUCAUUUGUUUUCUGUAGCAGCAGGUCUCUAGCCUUUUUUCUUCUUCCAUGCUGAUUUUUGGCUCUCACCAGCCUCAGUCCAGCACAGACUGACAGUCUCAGAAAGGCCACGGGGAAAAUAGCAGCGUGCUCUUUCUUGUACACAGAGAAAGGUUUCUUGCCUUUAAUGUUUCAUGUCACAGUAAGGCCACAAGUCUGAUACUUUCAUCUACUUGGUAUGCCUUUAUUUCAUCUCUCCACAUUCUCCUUGUCAAAGAGUGGGGAGAAAAGACUGAAGUGAAUCAGUGAUAUCUGCAGCUGUUCCUGCUGGAGCAGCCAUAAGGCUGUACACCUCCAGGUACUUGACCACUUAUCACCAUCAAGCUUCUGCAGUUUAAAGGCCUAAAUAGGAAUAAGCCAGUGUAGAUUUUUUUUUUUUUUUUAACCUUCUGUUUGCAGUGCUGUAAUAUGGUGGCUAGUUUGUAGAAGUACAGGGGUGGUUCAUGAAAACUUAACUGAAAGGUAAACCAAGCUGUGCAUUUGCAUCUUGUUGGUUACUCUGUGGUAGCUGCUUGUGUACGUGCUCUCAGCCUUGUGCUCUCAAAAUCACUGUGGAGCAAGCUGUUUUGUUCUGGCUGUGGACUAAGACCAUGCAGGUGAGCAGCAGAGAUGGGACAGGAGGGGAUGGAAUUACACUGCAGGAACUGGGUAGCCUAAAAGAUGGAUGGUGCCCCUCUUGCAGGCCUGAGCUGUGGUCUGUAAUGCAGCCCUGCAGUUCUUUGCCAAGUUGAGAUUGAGUGUUUCAAAGCAAUAGAGCUCUGGCCUUUGUUUGUGGUAGAUUUUGCCCAUCCUGAUGUUUGCUGGUGUUCACAUGUUUUCCUCUUCAAGGGAAAAAGUGAUUUCCAUCGCUACUUUGGUAGAGGUGUGUCACUGGCAUGGCUUAGCCUGUAUUGUUUCAUUGGGUGGGGUGGGGGAAAGGGGAGAGGAGAUAUAACUGGGUAAUUGGAUUCAGGGAUGAUUGUGCUGCUGUGGUAGGUUUUACUGGAUGAAGCAGCUUGUUGCGAUAGGUGUUUGUUUCAGCUUCUGUCUGCAGGUGUGACUUGGCCAGAUAAGGAUGGUCUAUCACGUUGAUGAUUUCAUUGUUUGAUUUGGCUGGUCUGGGUGGAGAAUGUAGCUGCAUUGUUUGGGCCCAGCUUUGUAGUUUGGUUUUGUGAAGUGGAUUACAUGGCAGUGCAUUGCUACAUUAUUAAGAUGAAGCUGCAGUAGAUAAUAGUUGGAGAAUGUUGGAGGGAAGAGAAUAUGCACAGGGUUUCACAAUGUGUAACUAAUUGAGCCUCCCGCUCCUGGCGUUUCUGUUGGGAGAUCUGGUCAGCAGAAUGCAUUGGGAUUACACAGAAAACUUUAACUGCAGGGCUGUCCAUGUGUAAAUAGCUGAGAGUGCUCUGAGAUACUGUACUGGCCCUGACAGUGAGUGUUGUCUGGAUUCAUACUGUUCUUGCAGCCUCUACAGUUUUCACAGUGGGUGAGGGAGAAGCUGGCUCCUUUUUUACUUAUUUCAAUUUUACCAUUAAGGUGUUCCUCAAAGUCUGUGUUCCCUUGUAUUGCCAAACUUUCAGGCACUUAAACUUGCUUCAACAUGUGAUUGAGCAUAAAUUGAUGCAGGGCUGUCUGUAUUACUGAAAACGUAGCAGAUGGGUUCUCAGGCCAUGGACUCUUUCGACCUUAUAGGAAAUAAUCAUAGUACAAGGUGGGGCCAACCCCUCUAUCUUGAGCAGACUUGCAGUAUGUCUUACCUGGGAAGGGUUGCCAUUGGAUCCCCUUCUCCCUGUAGUGUGUACAAUGAUGUGAACAGUAGGUAGUGCUUCCUUCUCCUAAAACCUGCCUGGUUUUCCCCUAGAUGUGACUGUCUGGCUCUACCUGAUGCUUGAUGUUUUUAUUUAAACAUUGUCUGGCUGUGGAGGAGGUUGUAUAUGUGAAGCACAGGGGUUUGGCAGGAGUUGCUGAGCACACAGUGAGGGGAAGGUGAGCCUUGGAAGAGAGAUGUGUGCAGAGAAGGGAAGGUGACAUGUCCAGGCUUUGUGUCAGCUUCUCUAAGCACAGAUGAGCUCAUGGGAGUCGAGCUGGCUGAAAUGUGGGAGUGCUAAAGCAGGUCUGACCUAUUCUCCCCCAUGGUCAGCACGGAUCUUCAGAUUCUUCCAGUUGGAUGGUGACUUUUUGGGUGCUGACAAAUAUUGCCAGUCUGAGCAGAGGCUUCCCCUUGUCGAUGGUUCAGAGCAGGCUUUGAUUCCUCUGCUUCUGUGUCUGGAUGCAUGGAAGGGAUGUACAGCUUGGCUUUGGCUGUGUGUUCUUGUUGGUGAAAUUUUUCCUCUCUCUUCUUUUCCAGGUGAUUGUUUCUUGUGAGACAAGUGGUUUGCAACUCAUGGCCUCCACGAUGAGUACUGCCGUGUCGUGACACCAGGGGUCUUGGGUGCCCUGGAGAUGCGAGACUUCCCCUGGGCAGCAGGAGGCACGCGUCUAGAGAAUGCUGGAGCUGCAGGAGGGAAGUGCCCAGUGCAAAAGCAGCGAGGAGCCAAGAGAAAAAAGGCAAGCAGACAGCCAGCACUGAGAGGAGCGGGUGGCAGGAAGCGCUUCGACGCUGCCUCUGGCGGCACGAUCCCCAGGGGAACUUGACGAGAGCCCAUCUGCGUGUGUGUGAGACUGUGAGCUCAGGAUUUCUGUCAAUGCAUUCCAGUAACCCCAAAGUGAGGAACUCCCCGUCAGGCAACACACAGAGCCCCAAAUCAAAGCAGGAGGUGAUGGUCCGCCCCCCUACAGUGAUGUCCCCGUCUGGCAACCCUCAGCUGGAUUCCAAAUUUUCCAACCAAGGCAAACAAGGGGGCUCCACCAGCCAAUCCCAGCCCUCUCCCUGUGACCCCAAAAGUGGAGGUCACACCCCCAAAGUGCUCCCUGGCCCAGGUGGGAGCAUGGGGCUGAAGAAUGGGGCUGGAAAUGGUGCCAAGGGGAAGGGGAAGAGAGAGAGGAGCAUUUCAGCAGACUCCUUUGAACAGAGGGAAGCUGGGACUCCUAAUGAUGACCCUGAAAUCAAAGACUGCAAUUCUGCUGAUCAUGUGAAGUCCCAGGAGUCUCAGCACACACCACACUCCAUGACUCCUUCAAAUGCUUCAGCCCCAAGGUCUUCCACACCUUCCCAUGGUCUGACUGCCACUUUGGAGCCAGCAAGUGGGCAGAAGACUCCAUCCAAAGUGGUUUAUGUAUUUUCUACUGAGAUGGCCAACAAGGCUGCAGAAGCUGUGCUGAAGGGACAGGUGGAAACCAUUGUGUCCUUUCAUAUCCAGAACAUCUCAAACAGCAAGGCGGAACGAAACACUGUACCUUUGAACCCCCAGAUCACUGCACUUCGGACUGAACCCAAGCCCCUGCCGCAGCCCCAGCCCCCCGCAGCCCCGGACCAGAACCCUCCCCAGAACGCCAAAAUGCAGCCGACCCCACCCGUGUCAGCACCGGUGUCCAAAUCCGCUGGCCCCCCGUGUCCCAUAGAUCAGGACAGUCCCAGUGUGGAAAGCAAAGUGAUGUCUGUGGGCAGCCCUGCCAACUCUACCCCGUUGCAGACAGAAGGGUUUGGGCAGAGUUCAACCCCCAAUAACCGAGCGGUGAGCCCGGUUUCCCAAGGUAGCAAUAGCUCAGCUGCAGACUCCAAAGGUCCUCCCCAGCAGGUGUCUGGUGGGGACCCAUCCAGCUUGGGCGAGAAUCCAGAUGGACUGUCACAGGAGCAGCUGGAGCAUCGGGAGCGCUCACUGCAGACCCUGCGAGACAUACAGCGCAUGCUCUUCCCUGAUGAGAAGGAGUUUGCUGGAGGGCAGAGUGGGGGGCCUCCCCCAAAUGCUGGGGUGCUGGAUGGUCCCCAAAAGAAACCUGAAGGGCCGAUACAGGCUAUGAUGGCUCAAUCCCAAAGUUUAGGCAAAGGGUCAGGGUCUCGGACAGAUGGAGGGGCUCCGUUUGGCCCUCAAGGACACAGAGACAUGCCUUUUUCCCCAGAUGAAAUGGGGCCACCACCAAUGAACUCCCAGUCAGGACCCAUAGGCCCAGACCACCUGGACCAUAUGACUCCUGAGCAGGUGGCCUGGCUCAAGCUGCAGCAGGAGUUCUACGAGGAGAAGAGAAGAAAGCAAGAGCAGGUGGUUGUGCAGCAGUGUUCCCUACAGGAUAUGAUGGUCCACCAGCACGGGCCUCGAGGGGUGGUCCGAGGUCCUCCUCCUCCCUACCAGAUGACCCCUGGUGAGGGCUGGGGACCUGGGGGCCCAGAGCCCUUCCCUGAAGGCAUGAACAUGUCGCACUCUCUGCCCCCCAGGGGCAUGGCCCCUCAUCCCAACGUGCCCGGGAGCCAGAUGCGCCUGCCUGGCUUUGCAGGAAUGAUGAACCCUGAGAUGGAGGGCCCCAGCGUCCCGAAUCCCGCCUCACGGCCUGGGCUUUCAGGAGUUAGUUGGCCAGAUGAUGUGCCAAAAAUCCCAGAUGGCCGAAACUUCCCUCCUGGCCAGGGUGUCUUCAGUGGCCCUGGCCGAGGGGAGCGGUUUCCCAAUCCACAGGGCCUGCCCGAAGAACUCUACCAGCAACAGCUGGCUGAGAAACAGAUGGGCCUUCCUCCUGGUCUGAACAUGGAAGGCAUCAGGCCUGGCAUGGAGAUAAACAGAAUGAUGCCCUCGCAGAGACAUAUGGAGCCUGGGAACAACCCCAUCUUCCCUCGCAUGCCGGUAGAAGGACCGAUGAGCCCUUCCAGGGGGGACUUCCCAAAAGGAAUACCCCCACAAAUGGCUUCUGGUAGGGAGCUGGAGUUUGGGAUGGGCCCUGGCAGCAUGAAGGGGGACAUGGGCAUGAAUGUCAGCAUGGGCUCCAACCCACCCCUGGUCCCUCAGAAGCUGAGGGAAGCAGGAGUCGGGCCGGAAGAGAUGAUGAAGCUGCGCCCUGGCGUCUCGGAGAUGCUCUCCUCUCAGCAGAAAAUGGUGCCGCUGCCGUUCGGGGAGCACCCGCAGCAGGAGUAUGGCAUGGGUCCCAGGCCUUUCCUUCCCAUGUCUCAGGGCCCAGGAGUCGGUCUCCGGAAUCUCAGAGAACAGAUCGGGCCUGACCAAAGGACUAACAACCGGCUCAGCCACAUGCCGCCACUACCUCUCAAUCCCACCAGUAACCCCAACAGCCUCAACACUGCUCCCCCUGCGCAGCGCAGCCUCGGCCGCAAGCCCUUGGAUAUCUCCGCAGCUGGUCAGGUGCAUUCGCCAGGAAUCAACCCCUUGAAGUCCCCCACGAUGCGCCAGGUCCAGUCUCCCAUGAUGGGGUCUCCCUCGGGGAACCUCAAGUCCCCCCAGACGCCCUCCCAGCUGGCAGGAAUGCUCGCGGGCCCCACUGCCGCAGCCGCUGCUGCCUCCAUUAAGUCCCCCCCUGUCUUGGGGUCUGCUGCUGCUUCUCCUGUCCACCUCAAGUCUCCGUCUCUCCCUGCACCUUCUCCUGGAUGGACUUCAUCUCCAAAGCCUCCUUUGCAGAGCCCUGGGAUUCCCCCGAACCACAAGGCGUCUCUGACCAUGUCUUCUCCAGCCAUGCUGGGGAAUGUGGAGUCGGGUGGUCCACCUCCCUCCACAGUCAGCCAGUCUGCUCCUGUGACUCUCCCUGGAAAUCUUCCCUCUAGCAGUCCUUACACAAUGCCUCCAGAGCCAACCCUCUCCCAGAAUCCCCUCUCCAUUAUGAUGUCCAGGAUGUCCAAAUUUGCCAUGCCGAGCUCUACACCACUCUAUCAUGAUGCCAUCAAAACUGUGGCCAGCUCGGAUGACGACUCCCCUCCAGCCCGCUCCCCAAACUUGCCACCUAUGAACAGUGUACCAGGAAUGGGCAUUAAUUCUCAGAAUCCUCGAAUUUCAGGUCCAAACCCAGUGGGUCCAAUGCCAACCCUUAGCCCAAUGGGAAUGACCCAGCCUCUUUCCCAUAACAACCAGAUGCCCUCUCCAAAUGCUAUGGGACCCAAUAUACCUCCUCACGGGGUCCCCGUGGGACCCGGCCUGAUGUCACACAACCCAAUGAUGGGACACGGUUCCCAGGAGUCUCCAAUGGUACCUCAAGGACGCCUGGGCUUCCCACAGGGGUUCCCUCCCGUACAGUCCCCUCCACAGCAGGUGCCAUUUCCACACAACGGGCCCAGCGGUGGACAAGGCAACUUCCCAGCGGGAAUGGGCUUCCACGGAGAAGGACCUCUGGGGCGUCCUACCAACCUGCCCCAAAGUUCGACAGAUCCAGCACUUUGCAAGACUGGAGGCCCUGGCGGUCCAGACUCCUUCACUGUUCUUGGAAACAAUAUGCCUUCGGUUUUCACUGAUCCAGAGCUGCAGGAGGUGAUCCGCCCUGGAGCCACGGGAAUACCCGAGUUCGACCUGUCCAGGAUUAUCCCGUCGGAGAAGCCUAGCCAGACACUACAGUAUUUCCCUCGUGGGGAGGUGCCAGGCCGCAAGCAGCCGCAGGGUCCCGGGCCUGGCUUCUCCCACAUGCAGGGGAUGAUAGGAGAGCAGACCCCGAGGAUGGGACUAACGUUGCCUGGCAUGGGGGGCCCCGGGCCGGUGGGAACUCCGGAUAUCCCCCUCGGGACGGCUCCGUCCAUGCCGGGCCACAACCCGAUGAGGCCCCCGGCCUUCCUGCAGCAGGGCAUGAUGGGGCCGCACCACCGCAUGAUGUCACCAGCACAGCCGGCCAUGCCCGGCCAGCCCGCCCUCAUGAGCAACCCCGUGGCCGCCGUGGGCAUGAUCCCGGGCAAGGACCGAGCCCCCGCGGGGCUGUACAGCCACCCCGGCCCCGUGGGGUCGCCCGGCAUGAUGAUGUCAAUGCAGGGCAUGAUGGGACCCCAACAAAACAUCAUGAUUCCCCCCCAGAUGAGGCCCCGAGGUAUGGCUGCUGACGUUGGCAUGGGAGGAUUUAGCCAAGGCCCUGGAAACCCGGGGAACAUGAUGUUUUAAGCUGCUACCAUAAGACUGGAUGUUCUGAUCCUUGUCAAGAUGAGAUUCCAAGUCCUGAGGGCUUUUUGGGAGCUUCAGGAGUACAGUUUGGCCAUGCAAUAGGUGAAAAGAGACCAGAGGACGCUUUGGGAAAUCUCGAAUGUAUGGAAUUACCUGAAAAAAAAAAAAAAAAUUAUUCAUUUAAACAGGUUGUUUUUUUUUUAAGAUUUAUUUUUUAAAAAUUAUUUUUGUGGACUUGGGUAUCCCGUGACGGCACCUGCUUUGAGAAUCUGUAGCUGUAUUUUGAGAAUUGCCAUUUGUCACAAGUUGCACCAUUCUCUGUAUGUUUACGUCCUUUGGACUGGCUUCUCCCAGGACUCUCGGUUAUUUUUGGGGUUUUUUGUGUACUGUACUAUAUUGUAAAAGGGAUUUUAGCAGAGACUUUAGUCUUUGGGGUGAGAGGAGAAUGGGAUUCUAGGCUGUUUACUUUAGGUGGAGAAUCCAUCUUCAGAACUUCGGACUAUUUUCCUUCAACUCCAAUGUAUAGAAAAACCAAACUACGACCUCAGAGCAGAGUAUUAAUGAAAAGCACAAAAAGGAACUUAAGUUCAGUGAGGGGAAUCUUUUAAAAGAAAUAAAUAAUAAGUUAAGGACAUAUUUUUCAAAUUAUGGCGUGCUGUCCAGCACCUUCUGUCUCUCCCUCCCACUCUUUAUUAAAUAGGCUUCUCUCUCUCCGUCCCCUUCUGUCUCCUCCUAUGGCAGCUGCAAUACAUUGUGUUAUUUUGGGGAGUAAAUCUAGGAGAGCCUCUCCUCACGUGGGGACUCUUCCCACUUCUAGGAAGGGGCUGGACUUGGACACUGUUACAUCCUACAGUAGUCUCUCUCACUGUUUCCUAUUCUCCUUUUCUUAGAAACCCCAAGUGAUUUUAUUAAUGUGGGAGUGGAACAGACACUAAAAGUUACCCAGGAUUUUUUUUUGUGGUUAUUUUUUUUUCCUCCCCAGCGUAAAACGUUCUGUGUAACCUCCAUUAAAUUUGGUACAAAACCACUCGCCAGGGCUGUGGUGUCAGAAAAAUAAAAUAUAUUGUUUCUUACAAAAACAAA